AUGGAGAAUCGGAGCGCGCCGCCGGCUUCCUCGUCCUCAUGCACCGCCGUCGGGAUCCGACGCCGCCGCGCAGAGGCGGAGGAGUACAGCGGCGGAGAUCUGGCGUCGUGCACGGGGAGGUCGUGCGGGUCGUGCACGGCGGGGGUUAUCGCCGACUGCGUGGCGCUGUGCUGCUGCCCGUGCGGGGUGGUGAGCAUCCUGGCGCUGGCCUUCCUUAAGCUGCCAUGGGCGGUGGCGCGGAGGUGCAUCGCCGGGCGGAGGGGUGGGAGACGGCGGCGGAGGGUGCUGGAGGGGAAUUCGGGGAAGGCGGCGGCGGCGUUGGGGAGUACUGCGCCGUACAUCGGAGCGGCGGCGAUCGGAGGUGGUGCGGUGGAUGGGGAUUUUGGGGAUGAAAUUAGGGCGGAGGACGUUUGGUUGGAGCUGAGUGAGGUUGGGCAUUUGGGCUUUGGUAGGGUUUCGUUUACUGGAGUCCACGAACAGGGGCAAUUGGGGAAAGUUACAUGA